GUGUCUCGUCUCUCGUCUCUAGUUUCUCCUGAAGACUCGACGCGUCCGGAUGGAUCCGUUUCGUCUCCGCGCGCUUCUGCUGUUCUCCGCUGUUCUGGGACGCGCGGCGGCCUCGGUGCUGCCGGACGGCCCGGUGGACGCGGUUCUGGGGCGGAACGUGACCCUGGAGACGCUGCUCCGGGACCCGCAGUACGCCUUCAUCGUCUGGAGCUUCAGCGACGACUCGGACCCCGAGCCGGUGGCCACGGUGGGGGGCUCCGGCUCCACCACCUACACCGUGAGCGACCCGUACAAGGACCGGGUCUCCGUCAACCGGACCAACGGCUUCCUGACGCUGCGCGGCCUGCGGAGCGCGGACUCCGGGGACUACAGCAUCAACGUGAUCGGCGCGGACGGGGUGACGAGGACCGGGGGGGUCAAGCUGCGGGUCCUGGAACCGGUGUCCGAGGUUCUCAUCAAGUCCGACGUUCCGGAGGCCGUGGAACACAACAGCACCGUGGUUCUGAUCUGCACGGCCAAAGGCUCCUUCCUCAACUUCACCUGGCUCAACGGAACCGCGGCAGUCAAGGCCGACGGCAGGCGGGUGGUCCUGAAAGAGGAGGAGGCGUCCAGCCAGCUGACGUUCUACGGCGUCUUGAGAACCGACCUGAAGGGGCCGCUGGUCUGCACGGCGGCCAACAAGCUGGAGACGGACAAGAGCGCCGCCUUCAGCCUCACGGUGCACUACGGUCCCGAUGACGUCCAGAUCCGUCCCUCCAAGCCGGCCCGGUUCAUCCGGUCCCGGUCCAGCUUCAACCUGUCGUGUUCCGCGGUGUCCAGCCCGGCCGCCACGUUCCGCUGGUUCUACAACGAGCAGCAGGUCCAGGCGGACGGCCCGGUUCUGCCGCUGGAGACCAUCGAGAAGCUGGGCCACGGCCAGCAGGAGGGGUCCUACACCUGCGUCGCCGCCAACGCCAAGACCGGCCGGGCGGCCCGCUCGCCGCCCGUCACCUUCGGCGUGAUGGAGCCCAUCUCGGGCGCCACGCUGACCGGGCCGUCGGGCGUCCUGAUCGCCGGGAACCACUCGGCCAACCUGAGCUGCGCGGCGGCGGCCGGCGCCGUCCAGACCAUCAGCUGGCUGAAGGACGGCCAGCCGCUGAGGCCCGGCGCCGUCUUCUCGCCCGACCGCAGCUCCGUCCUGCUCAGCCCGCUGCUCAAGGAGGACAACGGGAAGGUGUCCUGCCGCCUGUCCAACCCCGUCAACGCCGAGGACGCCGUCUUCACCCUGGUGGUCAACUACGGACCCGAGACGCCGGCGGUGUCGGGCCGGGAGGCCGUGGAGGUGGAGGACCCCGUCACGCUCACAUGCUCCGCCCCCUCGCAGCCGCCGGCCAAUUACACCUGGAGGUUCAACGGCUCGCUGACCGCCGUCAAGACGGCCACCUACACCAUCGACCAGGCCCGGUACAGCCACAGCGGCACCUACCUGUGUGAGGCCAGCAACGCCGUGACGGGCCGGACCAGCUCCAAGGCCUUCACCCUGUCCGUCAAAGAGGAGCUGGUGGAGGGCCUCUCGGACGGCGCCAUCGCCGGGAUCGUGAUCGCCGUCCUGGUGGCGCUCGGCGCCGCCGUCGCUCUGGUGUUCUACUGCCGGCAGAAAGUCCCGGUGGAUUCUCCGUAUUAACCUCCAGUCUGCAGCCGGCCGGCCAAACAGAAAAAAUCGCAACAUGUUAUUUCCCAUCAUGCACCUGUGCAGCUGGAGGAGGUCCAAGUGGAUCCAGCUGGAGGUCCAGGUGGAUCUGGCUGGUUAAGAUUUCCCAUCAUGCCUCUGUAAAGUGGGCGGUCACCACAACUUCAGACUGAAAGACUUCCUCUGGAGACCCUACAAGUCCACCUCUUCCUCCUCCUCCUCCUCCUCCUCCUCCUCCUCCUCCUCCUCCUCUUCCUCCUCCUCCUCCUCCUCUUCCUCCUCCUCCUCUUCCUCCUCCUCUUCCUCCUCCUCCUCCUCUUCCUCCUCCUCCUCUUC